UGUGAUGAUAAGAAGCCCUCCCACCACCAUCCUUCCAAAAGUAUCAUCACCCCUCCACCACCAUCCUUUCAGGAACCCCUCCACCAUUCAAAUGGAAGUUCAAAACGAGCCUUGAUUGCCAAAAACUGAACCACCUCUAAUUCAUUAUUCAAAAGGAAGUGACCCCAUGGCUAGUGAUCCUCCACCCACCAACUUGGAAAGAGAAGAUGUUAGAGAAGGCCGCAGUCUUACGUUGCCCGAAGAUGGAUAUGAAUGGAAGAAAUAUGGCCAGAAAUUCAUCCAAAACAUAAGGAAGUACAGAAACUACUUCAAGUGCCGGAACAAGAGAUGCAAUGCAAAGAAAAGAGUUGAAUGGCAUCCCAGAGACCCUAGCAGCAAAAAAAUCAUCUACACUGGAGUGCACAACCACCCUCCUCCGCGACCUCAAUCGCCCUCGGAGCAAGAGGCUUCGGCUAGGGUGGCAAAUAGGUACAAUUUGGCAAACCAAGUGCUUGGUUCUUCCAGUGAAACCUCCUAGUCUCUUGCAUUUUUAAGCCUCCUCUCAAGAAGUCAUUAGCAGACAGUCAUGGUCAUUAUCUAGUCAAUAAAGAUGCUUGAGCAACCAAAAGAUAAUCGAAACUAGGUAAAUGCUGGAAUCACAAGUAUGCUACUGUUAUUAUAGCAAGUUGUUCAAGUCCGGUUUGUAUUCCAAAGAAUGAUAUUGAUCAAUCUUUCUUGUGCUAGCUAGUUUAUCAUCUAUUUGUAACCUUAGACUUUACAUAAGACAAGAGUUCCACUCUUUGAUCCAAGUAAUGUCUUUACUACUGGUGCUACUAUCACUAGUA